AUUUGUGAUUUACUUGACUUUAAAUCUCUGGUUAUAUGGCAAACUUAGUUUGACUAUCAACGAAAUAUCACGCAUCCUUUCGCUGUUGACGACUAAAACCCACCGGCGCUAGUGUAAUGCUAUUUCUGUAAAUUAACUCUCAAAAUUUUUUAUCCAUCGAAAAUGUGUUCUAAACGAUGCAAACAUUCCUUUAAAGAUCGCAUACCCACUUGCGGUUUAGAGCGCAAAACACAUGCAACUCAAAUACCAAUAGCUGCGUGUAUGUUGCAGAAAGAUGACUCUGUUGACUGUGACAAGUGUAGGCCACCAAAUGGCGUGCGUGAGCAUAUAUGCUUGUGCAAACCAGAUCAGUCGGGUUCAACACAUUCAAGUCAACUUGAAACGUCAACUAUAGCGGAGGAGUCUCAGUCGCCACAACAACAAAGUAGCGUAGAAUUUCGGCAAUCGACUGAGUACACAAAUGGUGAGCCGCCUAACGGGAAUGUUAGCCGUGAAAAUACUAACAAUCAAGCAUCUAAUACAAACUACAAGCAAGAAAAGUUUUCUCCAGCACAUAUAAGAUACAUGGACGAAUGGGAGGCAAUGGGUGUUAUGUUGGCGACUAAUGGUCGCGUUUGGGGACUAGAAGAUAAGGGCUUUGCAAGACAAUACAAGGCUGCCUUAAGCGCCGUAAAUACUAAAUUUGAAGAGGAAGCCGCAAAUAUGGCAGGACAUUCAGCUUAUUAAUAUGGAAAAAUUAUCUAUAUAGCGAACUAAUGAGAUACUAUACAUUAUUGGAAGAUUUUUAAAGCUUCUCAAUAUUAUAAUAGUCAAGCCGCCAUAGUAAAUGUAAAUUUUUAAGUUAUUCGAGCACACACCAUUGAAGUAUUUAAUAACAAAUAAUAAUAAAUAUAGCAAAACUUAGAGCUGAA